AUGGAGGUUAAUCGAGUUCACGUCUUGAUUAUCCAAUUUCGCAAACGAAUCAGAGAACUGGCCUUGAUUCAAAAUCGUAUCCAAGAUGACAUAACUGUGUUCAAAGAUGGCGAUCCGGAUCUCAUGGAUGAUUUCGAGGAAACGCGCCAAUACUAUCUCGAUCACUUGGGUAUCACGGUUGAACAACUGCGUGAGGCAAUGGAAACAUCUGAGAUCGAGUUCCCGCCAGAGGAGAUUUUCGUCGAGAGAAUAAUGAGGAGGGUUAGGCCGAUUACGAAGCGGUAUCUCGAGCGGCUCGUCAAGACAGGAAGGAUCACCAAAUGCGACAUGGAUUGCAUAAUCCAGGGAGGAUACACCAGCGUUGAGGCGUUCUUCGAAGACGUAUAUAGCAACGUUGAAUCAUUCGGUACUAAAAACGAAGCGAGUUCCUCUACAGAUGGUACGCAAUCAACGUCUAGUAUCGAAAUAUAUGACGAAGAUGGAUUCCUAACAGUCAUAGAUGGCGCUAAUCAGAAUGAUGAACAAGGGGAUUCCCGAGAUGAUAACACCGACCCUCAGAAAAAGGCACCUACGAAUGAACCAGGGACGUUGGUGUUAAGUUCAGGGGAUAUCGUACCCCCGAUCAAGUUAGAAGCACCGGAAAAGCCGUUAGAGGAUACAGAAAGCGAGAUGGAGAAACAGCCCUCUCCCGAGGCGUCGAAACUAGAACCAUCCGCGCUAGAUAUCUCAUCGGAAGAAGAAAAGGCUUCCCUAGAAAUGGAAAGCAAUGAUCCCGCUACUGCGAACGGAAGCUCUUCAGUUAACCGUCCCGCAGAUGACAAAGAUGCCGACUCAUCAGACGUAGAGACCUCCGACUCUGACGACUCGGACGUCAGCUCAUUAGUAGACAAUGUCGCGGGCGACGAAGAGCACACCGAAGUAGAGGAAUCCGACUCCGACGAAGCUGAAGAGUCUCCACAACCUUUCCUCCGCGCAAUCCCCAAGACGAGCGCAAACGCGGACGAGCAAAAAGAAGGCAUCGACGGCAGCGACGAUAUACUGGAUACCUGGCUACCAUCCCACCAGAUGUUCUACUGGCAGUACGAGAUCAUCUUCGCCGCAAUAUUGACCUCGUUCAGAUUCAAGGAGAGAUUCCAGUCUGCAAGGGACGCCUAUAAGGCUGAUCCGUUUGCCGAUUGGGACUAA